AUGGAUGGCGGCAAAAGCGUCUUGCUAGCAGGUUUGGAAGGCGGCAAGGUUAUCGCAGUUCAUGGCAGCAGGCUGGAGUAUUCAGAACCCGAUUCUCGCUGCCUGCACAGUUGUUGGCGCCACCGGAGCGACUAUUCUGGCAGCCCCCGGCCUUGCAACGGGCCCAAUUCUCUCGAGUAUAGGUUUUACGAUGAGCGGUAUACAAGCAGGGUCUGUGGCUGCAACCGCCCAUAG